AUGGAGGAAGAAGGUUUGAAAGACCUCCAGGGUAGCUUGCGCCCCGACUUUUUCCAUGGCUACGCCACUGCUGCAACGCAGGUCGAAGGGGCAUGGAACCAAGACGGAAAAGGUCCUACAAUCUGGGAUACGUUUGCUCAUAACUCAGGUCGAGUAAAAGACAAAAGUACACCGGAUGAUGCUGUUCGCUCUUAUGAUCUGUAUAAGCAAGACGUCAACCUAAUGAAGUCUUACGGAGUCAACGCCUACCGAUUUUCAUUGUCGUGGGCGAGGAUAAUUCCGCUAGGCGGAAAAGAUGAUCCAGUGAAUGAAAAAGGGAUCGAGUAUUAUUCGAAUCUGAUUGAUGAACUUUUGAGCAAUGAAAUUACUCCUUUUGUGACUUUGUUUCACUGGGAUGUUCCACAGGCUUUGGAAGACAGAUAUGGUGGCAUGCUUAACCAAGAAGCUUACACCCCAGACUUCGUCAGAUAUGCAACGGUUUGUUUUGAGCGAUUUGGAGACCGCGUCAAGCAUUGGAUAACAUACAAUGAACCUGGCGUUUAUGCGCUUGCUGGGUAUGCCGCUGGCGUUCAUGCACCGGCACGAUCAUCUUUCAGAGAUCGAAAUGAUCUCGGCGAUUCCUCGACAGAGCCUUUCAUUGUCGGACACACGCAGCUCGUAUCACAUGGACAAGUUGCUGGAUUGUAUCGAGAAAAGUUUAAGCCCACACAAAAUGGCAUGCUUGGUAUCACCCUUCACGGAAAUUGGUCGGAGCCGUGGGACGCAAGCGAUCCAUUGGAUCAAGAAGCUGCGGAACGUGCAAGAGAAUUUGAAAUCGCCUGGUAUGCCGACCCAGUCCAUAAAACUGGAGACUAUCCGGCGUCAAUGCGAGCGCAGCUAGGUGACCGUUUACCUCGCUUUACGGAGGCAGAAUCAAAGCUGGUUUUAGGUAGCUCUGAUUUCUACGGAAUGAACAGUUACACUUCAUUCUACGUUCGUCACAAGACUACUCAACCAGAUAUCAAUGACCACAAGGGAAACAUUGACCAAUUUGAUGAGAAUAAAGAAGGAGUUCCCAGAGGACCAGCAAGUGAUACUUAUUGGCUCCGAACCUCCCCAUGGGGGUUUCGGAAAUUGCUAAACUGGAUCUGGGCGCGAUACCACAAGUCAAUCUAUGUUACUGAAAAUGGAACGACGGCGAAAGGCGAGAAUGACAUUCGCCCUACGACCGAGAAGUCUCAAAUUAUAGACGAUCAAUUCAGAAUCGACUUCUUCAGGGGUUACGUAGGAGAGCUUGCCCGUGCGGUUAAAGAGGAUGGCGUGGACGUGCGUUCGUACUUUGCUUGGACGUUUACUGAUAAUUGGGGAGGCGUUGCCGCGUGCGUGCAAUCUGCAGCUGCUCGUGAUGACAAUGCUCGUGCUGCUGGGACCACUACCAGCAGUGGCAAAGGCAACAACAACACCGGCGCUCAUAAUGCCAACAACGCUGGUGGAAAGCAGAAAUAG